AUGGCUGAAAACGGCCAUAGGGUCGGCGGUUAUCAACCCAUAAAGGACAUCAACGACCCUCAUGUGAAAGAGAUCGCAGAGUUUGCGGUGUCGGAAUACAACAAGCAGGCCCAAGGCAAGAAGAAAUUGGUUUUUCAGAGCGUGAUUUGCGGCGAGACCCAGGUGGUGGCCGGCGUCAACUUUCGCCUUGUCAUUUCAGCCACCACAGCCGCAGCGGCUGCCGGAGAGAAAUAUGUGGCUGUUGUCUGGGAAAAGAGUUGGGAGAAUUUUAGGCAAUUGACCUCCUUCCGUAAAUUAGCAAAGACUAACUAA